AUGUCAUGGCACGAGCUCCUUGUGAGGGGCAUUACACUGCCCGAUGACUCUCGAGUUGGGUCUGGCCGCGAUGGCUCUGACGGUGGCACUCUAAGCACGGCAAAUGGCAACAAGUCGAAUUCUCUGUCUAAACUUGGUGCUACCUUUGCGCCUGUCGCCAUAUACCUGGGCCUGUGCUUGACCUGCUUCCUUUUGCUGCGGCCUCGUUCCAGACGAGUUUAUGCCCCAAGAACUAUUCCCGGCCUUCGGUAUCCAGAGAAUCCCACUCCCGAACUACCUUCUGGCCUCUUUAAUUGGUUCAUUCCCUUUCUCAAGAUUCCAGACACUUACAUUCUCAACAAUGGCUCCCUUGAUGCCUACUUUUUCCUCCGCUAUCUCAAGGUCCUACGAAACAUUAGCCUUGUUGGUUGCUGCAUUGUGUGGCCAAUCCUCCUUCCAGUACACGGCACUGGCGGUCAUGACCUCGGGCAGCUGGAACAAUUGACUAUUGGUAACAUCACCUCCGGAUCCUCGAGGCUAUGGGCCCAUGCCGUGGUUGCUUGGCUGUUCUUUGGAUUCGUGCUCUUUACAGUUGUUCGAGAGUGUAUUUACUUCGUCAACCUGCGCCAAGCAUAUCUAUCAUCGCCUUAUUAUGCUGAUCGACUGUCGUCUAAAACACUGCUCUUGCUGUGUAUCCCCAAGCCUUAUCGCGAUGAAGCUAGACUUCGAAAACUCUACGGCGAUUCCGCAAAGCGCAUCUUCAUUCCUCGCACAAGUAAAGAUCUUGCGAAUCUGGUCAAGGAGAGAGAGCAAACCGCUAUGCGACUGGAAAAGGCUGAGAUUGCUCUUAUUAAGAAGGCCAACGUCGCUCGCAACAAAUACCUCCGCAAGCACCCACAAGCUAUCAAUGCCUUUAAUCAAAUUCCUAAACAAGCGACCGAGACGUCAUCACAUAACGAUGUUACCACUCUAGAUAGUGGCGAAACCGUCCAGCAAUCUAACGGCCCGCUCGAGGUGACCUUGCCAGGGUCUCAACUUGAAGUGGAUAUUGAAAAUCAGGCAGGCUAUAGCAGCGUUGAAGGGGGCACCAAGCAGGUCAACCUUGAGGAAGAGGAAGAAAUCAAAGCAGAGGACUUGGACUACGUGCAUCCAUAUGGCCUCAGACCCAACUUGCCAGAUGUCAGAGGCUCCGUCGCAGCCCAAUGGAUACCAGCAGAAGCCCGGCCACAUCAUCGGCCCAUUGGUAACUUUGGCCGUCGAGUCGAUACAAUCAGGUGGACUCGCAUGCGGCUCAAGGAGCUGAACCUCCAAAUUUACAAAUUGCGACGUCAAAUCAAGAGGGGCGAUGCCGAACCACUUCCGGCUGCCUUUAUCGAAUUUGAUACUCAGGAGGCUGCCCAUGCCGCACAGCAAGUUGUUGUGCAUCACUUACCGCUGCAGAUGGCUCCCGGGCUACUUGGUAUUCGCCCGGAUGAGGUUAUUUGGGAAUCUUUGAGGAUGAAAUGGUGGGAACGCAUUAUUCGACGCCUCUUGAUUCUCAGCGGCAUCACCGCCGCCAUCAUCUUCUGGUCUAUCCCCUCCGCUCUUAUCGGCAUAGUGUCCCAAGUAGACUUUUUAACGGAGAAAGUUCCAUUUCUCCACUGGAUCAACAAGUUGCCCGACUUUAUCAUAGGCAUUAUUAGCGGUCUUCUUCCACCAUUUGCUUUGUCCGUACUCAUGGCGUUGGUGCCAAUCUUAUUGAGAAUUUGCGCUGCGCAAGCCGGUAUCCCCUCGCUCAUCAUUGGAGAGCUCUUUACGCAAAAUGCAUAUUUUGCGUUCCAAGUUGUCCAAGUCUUCUUGGUCACCACCAUCACUUCGGCCGCCUCGAGUGCUCUGGAGAGCAUUAUCCAAAACCCCCUCGGCAUCCAAUCGCUUCUCGCACAGAACUUACCCAAAGCGUCAAAUUUUUACUUGUCUUACAUCUUGAUCCAGUGCUUGGCUUCUGGUGGAACUCAGUUGCUGCAAGUGUUUUCCGUGAUCCGCCACCACAUCGUGGCAAAAACGUCUGAUAUACCAAGGAGACGAUUCGAAACCUGGCGUAAGCUUCGUCCAGCUCGAUGGGGUGGCAUCUUCCCUGUGUUUACAAACAUGGGAGUAAUCGCGCUUUCAUAUGCCUGCAUUGCGCCAUUGAUCCUCAUAUUUUGCGCUGGAGGCAUGGCAUUUAUGGGACUUGUUUGGAAGUACAAUUUGAUCUAUGUUUUCGACACCACAACGGACAGCAAGGGACUCUUCUAUCCGCGCGCCCUACAGCAACUGAUUAUUGGACUUUACCUGGCAGAGAUCUGUCUGAUUGGUCUCUUAAUUUUGAAUCAUGCAUUCGGGCCCAUGGGCUUUGUCAUCACCCUCCUUCUCCUGACGGGCUUGGUUCAUUUCCUUCUUAGAGACGCCAUUUCGCGCCUCAUGUGGAGCUUGCCGCAGACGUUGGCGGUGGAAGAACAGAUCCAAGAAGAGGAAAAAGCAAAGCUCGCAGAUCACAACGAUGGAGAAGCACCCGGAAAUGAUGCCGGCGGCGCAGCUGCAAGCUACUUUGACGUGGAACAAGCAUUCGGUGACGAAGAGAUCGAAAUAGAAGAGAUUGACGAAGACGAUCACCACGUUGUCUCCAAUAGGGCCCUCGAAGGCGCCAGCAGUAUCCGGCUUGCCAUGACAGCGUGGAUUAAGUCCGCUGCCAUAGCAAAAGUCAAGGAGGAGAUGGAAAGGUCCGGGCUUAACGCGAUGCUGGACAGAGUAUUCGCAUUUGCGAAGAGCGGAGAUGGAGAAGGGCCACCCGGCUUUCUUGCCCGGUGGCUGCACCCAGAGGAGCACGAAGACUUUGUGGCAUUACGCAAAAUGAUUCCCACGGAGGACCGGCCGCCUAUUUCGUACACGGAUGGAGACAAAUAUGCUACUUAUCAACCCCCAGAGCUCUGGAUGCCGAAGCCAAUACUCUGGAUACCGAGGGACGAAGCUAGAGUGAGUAGGCAGGAGGUGGCACAUACUCGGCUUUCCACGCCGAUAUCUGAUCUGGGUGCAACAUUAAACGAAAAGGGACGGAUUAGUGUUGAUCUUGACGCGGCCCCGUUUGAAGAGCAUAGAAUGUUAUUGUAG